AUGACGCAUACUGUCGGAGGAACAAGGCAGCUCUUCUCCAUCCCCCGCCUCACUCCCUCCCCACCCUUCCCCCGUCUACCCCCUCCCCUCCCCUCCCUUGUCUCCGCUUCCCCUGGUGUACGGCCCCGACAAGAGCAGCCUGGCCUUCACGCGCACAGUGCAGCGGGACAUGUGGCUCUCGCACUUUCCACUGGGUCAGGUGCCUGCCCUGCUCAUAGCAUUGUUGUUGGCCCCCCUCCGCUCCCCGUCCAGGUAUUCGGCCCUGACGACAGCAGUCUAGCCCUCACGCGCACGGUGCAGCGGGACAUGUGGCUCUCGCAGUUCCCUCCGGGCUCCUGUGACGGAAAACGCCUGCUCAUUGUGCCGUGGGUGCUGCCAGCCAGUGGUGACGCAGGGCUGGGGGCAGGGGGAGGAGGAGGAGGAGUGGAGACGGGGGAGAGUGGUUCGGAGGGGUUGGGAGGUUUGGAGGGGCUGGGUCUGCAGGUGCAUGUGAUGGGUGCGCUGCUGGGGUUGGCGGUGGAGACGGGGCGAGUGCUGGUCCCCCUCUCAGGCUCCUUUAGCUAUGCCAACAACUCAGCAUGUAAAGCCAUGGGCCAGCACGGCCAGUGGGGGUGCUACUUCUCCCCCAUCGCCUCCUCUGACUGCUCCAAGCGCGCACAGAAGGAGAUGCAGAGCGGUUCACUGCGGUCGCGGUGCAGCGGAAGGCACAUUCGCAAUGUGGCCCUCUCAGCGGAGCCCAUAGUCUGUCUGCACCCCGACUUUGACCACAACGAACUCAAGCUGCACGCUGCUGUUGUCACGUAG